UGUGAUUUUUUUUAUCUUUAUUAUACUCGCACAUAUCCGGCAAAACCACGCGUUCAGGCUGUCUCACUCUCUUCGGAAAUUUCUUGGCGAGCGGUUCGGUAGCUGAAUUUCGGCAAAUCUAAAUUUUUAACAUAAAUCAGCGUAAAGGACCAAAAUAAAUUAUGUCUACUGCUACUAAAGCUAAAGUCAAUGCAAUUGGAAUUGAUUUGGGAACGACCUACUCUUGUGUUGGAGUCUUUCAGCAUGGGAAAGUUGAAAUUAUUGCGAACGACCAAGGAAAUCGUACGACCCCUUCGUAUGUUGGCUUCACCGAUACUGAACGUUUGAUCGGAGAUGCCGCUAAAAACCAGGUGGCGAUGAACCCAAGCAAUACCGUCUUUGAUGCCAAGCGUCUCAUCGGUCGUAAGUUUGAGGAUACAGCUGUCCAGAGCGACAUGAAACAUUGGCCUUUCGAUGUCAUUUCUGAUGGUGGAAAACCCAAGGUUAAGGUUGAGUACAAAGGAGAACAGAAAACCUUCUUCCCCGAAGAGAUCAGCUCUAUGGUUUUGACCAAGAUGAAGGAGACUGCGGAAUCUUACCUUGGAUGUAAGAUCGACAACGCUGUCAUUACUGUUCCUGCUUACUUCAACGACUCGCAGAGACAGGCGACCAAGGACGCUGGUACGAUUGCUGGCUUGAACGUUCUUCGUAUCAUCAACGAACCGACUGCAGCGGCCAUCGCUUACGGUUUGGAUAAAAAGGUGGGAACAGAGCGCAAUGUCCUUAUCUUCGAUCUUGGUGGCGGAACCUUUGAUGUCAGUGUCCUGGUGAUCGAAGACGGGAUUUUUGAAGUGAAGUCGACCGCUGGAGACACCCAUCUCGGAGGCGAAGAUUUUGACAACAGGAUGGUGAACCAUUUCACCCAGGAGUUCAAACGCAAACAUAAGAAGGAUUUGAGCCAGAACAAACGUGCUGUGCGUCGUUUAAGAACGGCUUGUGAGCGGGCAAAGAGAACUCUGUCAUCUUCCACUCAGGCCAGCAUUGAGAUCGACUCUCUCUUCGAGGGCAUUGAUUUCUACACUUCCAUCACUCGUGCUCGAUUCGAGGAGCAGAACUCUGAUCUUUUCCGCGGAACCCUGGAACCGGUCGAGAAGUCGUUGAGAGAUGCAAAGAUGGAUAAAGCCAAGAUCCACGACAUCGUCUUGGUUGGAGGAUCGACUCGAAUUCCAAAGAUCCAAAAACUUCUGCAAGAUUUCUUCAACAGCAAGGAGUUGAACAAGAGCAUCAACCCUGAUGAAGCCGUAGCCUAUGGUGCCGCAGUACAGGCUGCCAUUCUCUCAGGAGACAAAUCUGAGGAGGUGCAAGAUCUUCUGCUCCUCGAUGUGGCUCCGUUGUCCCUUGGUAUCGAGACCGCUGGAGGCGUCAUGACUGCUCUAAUCAAGCGUAACACGACUAUUCCGACCAAACAACAACAGACUUUCACAACCUACUCAGACAAUCAGCCUGGUGUGCUCAUCCAGGUCUAUGAAGGAGAGAGAGCCAUGACCAAAGACAACAACAUUCUUGGAAAAUUUGAGUUGACUGGCAUCCCUCCUGCUCCGAGGGGAGUUCCCCAGAUUGAGGUCUGCUUUGACAUUGAUGCCAAUGGAAUCUUGAAUGUGUCGGCUUCUGACAAGAGCACUGGACGUGAGAAUAAGAUCACAAUCACCAAUGAUAAGGGCAGACUCAGCAAGGAAGAUAUUGAGAGAAUGGUUGCCGAAGCUGACAAGUACAAGGAAGAAGAUGAAAAACAAAAGGAGCGAAUUUCCGCAAAGAAUGCUUUGGAGUCGUACUCGUACAACAUCAAACAAACAGUGGAAGAUGAAAAAUUAAAGGACAAGAUUUCUGACGACGACAAGAAACAGAUUCUCGACAAAUGCAAGGAGACGAUUGAUUGGUUGGAUCAUAACCAGACUGCAGAGAAGGAUGAGUUCGAGCAUCAGCAGAAGGAAUUGGAAUCUGUUUGCAACCCCAUUAUGACCAAACUAUACCAAUCAGCUGGUGGUGCGGAAGGAAUGCCAGGCGGUAUGCCCGGAGGAAUGCCUGGUGGUAUGCCAGGUGGAUUCCCUGGUGCAGGAGGUGCCCCACCACAAGACAGCAGCGCUGGAGGACCAACCAUUGAAGAAGUCGAUUAAAUAUUUACUCAUCACAGACUAGAAUAACUUUAUUGUAAAAAAGUGAAUCUGAAGCUGAUUUUGUAAAAUUUGUUCAACAAUUAUUUUCUCUGCCAUAUAGUCAACGCUCGCCUGAAGAAUUUGUUAUGAUGUAAAUGCUGUUUCAUUCCCUUUGCUGAAUUUUUGAGGAAAAGUAAAGAAUCUUUCAUUUUCUAGCCAAAUUUUUACCGAUUCAUAUUCUGGUGGGGCUUAUAAACAAAGUCUAAACGAUUCCCAGAUUUUGUCAAAUUUGUUUGAAUGACAUUACUGCAGAAUUCUUUUGAGUCGAUCUUGAAGGUGAUUUCUACUUGACAAAUCAAAAAAACCCUCUCACCAUUUUCUUGUCAAAAAUCAAAAGUAAUUUAUGUAAUGGCCAGCUGUGAUAUUGAAACUUCAUGUUAAUAUUUGUUCCAUUGCAUUUUAAAUCCUAAAAACAAAGUUUUUGUUUCCCCAUCUGGGAGUGCAAAGAAUUGUGUUCCAGGUUGACCCGUCAUUCAAAACCGUCAUAAAAUUGUUCCAUAAGUUGUUUCUGCCUUCGAAAUGUCGCAGAUGUUUCGAAUGUUCCUCAAUAAAAAUGAUUCGUUGUA